AUGAUCAUGGGAGGUGUGAGAGAAUUGCUGCUCUUUGUGUUGACUGUGGGGGUUGUGAAAGUUUCUUGUUACCCUGUUGGAAAGUCCCAGAAGCAAGAGCAAGUCUCUCUGCAGAGGAGACUUGGAGAGCUGUCAUCAAAUGACGUCUCCAUUGUGCAUGCCCUGGCCUUGCUCCGAUCCAUAGGGUCUGACGCUAAACAAGACAGAGAAGAGUAUUUCGAGACUAAUGAAGUAGAUUCCCAAGCUUCUCCAAACCAUGGUAGCUCUAUGGCAAAUGAUGCCCUGUACUCUGAAGACGCUGCCACUGGGCCGUCUGACGACGCUACCUCUGAAGACGCUGCCACUGGGCCGUCUGACGACGCUACCUCUGACGCUGCCACUGGGCCGUCUGACGACGCUACCUCUGACGCUGCCACUGGGCCGUCUGACGACGCUACCUCUGAAGCUGCCACUGGGCCGUCUGACGACGCUACCUCUGAAGCUGCCACUGGGCCGUCUGACGACGCUACCUCUGAAGCUGCCACUGGGCCGUCUGACGACGCUACCUCUGAAGCUGCCACUGGGCCGUCUGACGACGCUACCUCUGAAGCUGCCACUGGGCCGUCUGACGACGCUACCUCUGAAGCUGCCACUGGGCCGUCUGACGACGCUACCUCUGAAGCUGCCACUGGGCCGUCUGACGACGCUACCUCUGACGCUGCCACUGGCCCGUCUGACGGCGCUACCUCUGAAGCUGCCACUGGCCCGUCUGACGGCGCUACCUCUGAAGCUGCCACUGGCCCGUCUGACGGCGCUACCUCUGAAGCUGCCACUGGCCCGUCUGACGGCGCUACCUCUGAAGCUGCCACUGGCCCGUCUGACGGCGCUACCUCUGAAGCUGCCACUGGCCCGUCUGACGGCGCUACCUCUGAAGCUGCCACUGGCCCGUCUGACGGCGCUACCUCUGAAGCUGCCACUGGCCCGUCUGACGGCGCUACCUCUGAAGCUGCCACUGGCCCGUCUGACGGCGCUACCUCUGAAGCUGCCACUGGCCCGUCUGACGGCGCUACCUCUGAAGCUGCCACUGGCCCGUCUGACGGCGCUACCUCUGAAGCUGCCACUGGCCCGUCUGACGGCGCUACCUCUGAAGCUGCCACUGGCCCGUCUGACGGCGCUACCUCUGAAGCUGCCACUGGCCCGUCUGACGGCGCUACCUCUGAAGCUGCCACUGGCCCGUCUGACGGCGCUACCUCUGAAGCUGCCACUGGCCCGUCUGACGGCGCUACCUCUGAAGCUGCCACUGGCCCGUCUGACGGCGCUACCUCUGAAGCUGCCACUGGCCCGUCUGACGGCGCUACCUCGGCAGCUGCGACCGGCCAGUCUGACCAUGCCGUUGAGUAA